UUUUACAACACCAAUGCUGGCGUUCUCUUUCAAAAAUUUUCGGCUUGUUUAUAUUUUAUGUAGCGUUUGUGGGAAUUUACUUUAAAAAGUGGGGCCAAUCUGUGUACUUAACAAAGUAAACCAUGAUGUCCACUCGAAAUUUCGGAGAAACAAUUGAGGAGUACGAGGUACAGCACUUGUUGGGCAAAGGUGGCUUUGCUAGCGUCUAUAAAGCAAGAUGCCUGCACUCUCAUCAAGAUGUGGCAAUCAAAAUGAUCGACAAGAAACUCAUCCAGGGGACAGGACUCACCAACCGCGUUCGACAGGAGGUGGAAAUUCACUCUCGCCUAAAGCAUCCUUCUGUGCUGCAGCUAUACACAUUCUUUCAGGAUGCAAACUAUGUGUAUUUGGUGUUGGAGUUGGCCCACAACGGCGAACUGCAGCGCUAUAUGAAGCAGCAUCUUUCGCGUCCCUUUACCGAAUCCGAGGGCGCCACCAUAUUGAGGCAGGUGGUGGCGGGCCUGCUGUACUUGCAUUCCCACAACAUCAUGCACCGUGACAUUUCGCUCUCCAACCUACUGCUCAGCAAGGAAAUGCACAUCAAAAUCGCCGAUUUCGGGCUGGCAACUCAACUAAAACGACCAGACGAAAGGCACAUGACUAUGUGCGGCACUCCCAACUAUAUUUCGCCCGAAGUAGUAUCCCGAUUGUCCCAUGGCCUUCCAGCGGAUGUUUGGAGUGUUGGGUGUAUGCUCUAUACGCUGCUGGUGGGACGACCGCCGUUUGAAACCGAGGGUGUGGAGUCGACGCUCAACAAAGUCGUGAUGUCUGAAUUCAUGAUGCCAUCACAUUUGUCCUUCGAGGCACAAGACCUAAUCCAUAAGCUGCUAAAGAAAAGCCCACACGAACGCAUUACCCUUGAGCAGGUGCUCCGGCAUCCAUUUCUGAAAAGAACGCCUGGCGGUUCAUCGUAUAGCACAACGCCUGGCGCGUUAAAUGAAUUCAGUCAAAGUGUUGCCAGCAGCGACAGUGGAAUCAUAACCUUUGCCAGCAGUGACUCUAGGAAAUCCCACAGACUUCGUUCUGUUGACAAUUCUUCAGGACAAUCGAUGCCACAGAUAAUGGAAGAAUACUUGCCAUCGUCUAAUCUGGGCUACGAGUCACAGGAACAUCUGCCAAUUUACGAACAGCACGGCCUAUAUCUGCCAGUGCCAGCCGGUCAGGUGGAGCAUAGAGACGCCAAAUGGCCAGCCACAAAUAAUGUCGUUCCAUUUAGGCCUGAGAGCGACAUGAUAUCGACACCAGUUGCCGAGAAACGACUCUCAGUGCCGCCACUGGAAACGAAAAGGUUGCAGCCAACGCGUUAUAAAACGAAAAAUGCCAUAAUGAGCAUUUUGCGGACUGGUGAGGUUGUCUUGGAGUUUGUCAAGUUUAAAGCAAAGUUCAAUGAAGAUCGAAUCACGGAUAUUUGUCGCAUAUCCGAAGAUGGACGUCGUAUUAUUAUCUAUCAACCAGAUCCAGGACGCGGCUUACCAAUGAGAGAACACCCACCAGAUCCUCUGAUACCCAGCGAGGACUGUGUCUACAACUACGAGAGUUUGCCGCAUAAACACUGGAAGAAAUAUGUGUACGCUGCCCGAUUUGUGGGUCUGGUGAAGAGCAAGACACCGAAAAUCACAUAUUUCAGUAGCCUAGGAAAGUUCCAGCUGAUGGAGACGAUGACGGACUAUGAGGUUCGCUUCUAUUCUGGGGCCAAGGUUUUAAAGUCAUCCACUGAUGGUGUCAAGGUGUUCAAUACGCAUGGAGCAGUGCUGCCGGAUAAUUCCUGUGCGGAGGCACGCAGUCUAAUUGACCACGGAAAUGAAUGCUUCUCCCAUUGCGUCAAUAUCAGUAAUGCUCUAGAGCUGGCACAGACCAAGGAGAAUACGUGUUUCCCGGUCACAAUCGGGAGACGGCCUGCCACCGAACUACACGCGGGCCAACGUUUCGAAGGCCUUAGGGACACAACGAACUUUGCCUACUCCACUCCGAAAUCAAAUCAGGGUUCAAUUAACUUCUCCGUGAGCACCAUGUCCACGGCGCGAAGUGCCUCGGACUACAAUUCAAAUACAUCGAGGCCCAACAUGAUGGCUGCCCACCAAAAUGUUCCAAUCAAACGUAUCACCGUUCCCGAAAUUGGAAUCGUUACAGAGCUGUCCCAUGGAGUUGUGCAAGUGCAAUUCUAUGAUGGAUCUAUGGUCUCAGUAAUACCAAAGGUGCAGGGAGGAGGCAUAACGUAUACACAGGCCAACGGCCUAUCUACCCAUUUCGGCAGCAACGACGAUUUGCCAUUUGCGGUCAGAGAUCGACUCAGUCAAUUGCCACAGUUGCAGAUGAAGUUGAAGUGCGCUCCAUUGCUGGGGAACGCCAGAAGUGUUGACUGCCAUUUAAUGACACCAAAAUCGACCACGCCUUUUUACAAUCGCAUGAUAAUUUGACAAUUUGUGCAACUCAUAAUUCUAUCUAUUGUUAAAAACACUUUUCUUCGUUUAAUAUUGUAUUAUAAAAUAA